CUGACCACCAACUCCAUCUAGAGGGCGAAAAAAAAGGAAUUUUGAAUAAAAUGGAAAACAGCGUCGGUUAGUUUCUUCAGUUUCAGUCUCUCUCUCUUUCCCAGUUCAUCAUCAAAACUUCAACCUUUUUGUCCGCCUCUGCAUUUCAAUCCGCAUUGAAGCCCCACCUUUAAUUUCUGAGCCCUAAUUGACAAUCAUAUUCCUCAUUCUCUUUUUCGUAAUUCAAUUUUUUUUUCCCAAUCCGACCCGUCAACAAUGAUCGGAUCCUCGUAGAUUCCGAAUGCUGCUUCCAGGUCAAUUCCCAACCUUUCGUUCACAUUGCAGCUGAUCCUUGAUCAUAAUGUCUUGGGGAUUGGGCUGGAAGAGACCCUCGGAGAUCUUCCGUCUCACGCUCAACUAUGGCACCGAGGAACCUGCGGAAAUUCUUGGCCAUAACUCAUCCAUAUCUCGUUCGUCGUCUGCUUCGUCACAUUCUUCCUCUUCCUCAACACUCUCUCAGGAACAGGAACUCGGGUUUCGUAUUGACCUGGAUUGGUCCGCAUCGGAGGAUGACGAUCAGGUGGCUCUGAAGCUCCAAUCGCAGCUCAUGGUGGCUCUGCCGAUGCCACAAGAUUCCGUGGUGGUUGAAUUGAAGCCCGUCGAUGAUGAGAAUGUGGAUUUGGAUAUGAAGGUGGUGAAGAGACGGGAGCCUCUGAAGGCUAUCACAAUGACCAAGGCUAUUGGCUCCGGGCAACAGAGCGAUGGGAUUGGAGUAUUGACACGCUUGAUACGGUCCAAUUUGUCUCCCUUAAUGCCCACUAUCGGAGAGGGGGUUGCAGGUUGUGGUGACCAUUGGAAGAGUAUCUCUGUGCUCAGUAUAUGCGGCUGUAACUUGUCGGUAUUUCCGGUAGAGCUUACCCAAUUGUCACAGCUUGAGAAACUUUAUCUUGACAGCAACAAGCUGACAUUUUUGCCUCCUGAGCUUGGUGAUCUGAAAAGUUUACGAGUGCUCAGAGUUAACAACAACAUGCUUGUGUCAGUACCUGUGGAGCUGAGACAGUGUGUUCAGUUGGUGGAAUUGUCACUGGAACACAACAGGCUUGUUCGACCUCUUCUAGACUUCAGGGCUAUGGCCGAACUACAAGUCCUUAGGCUAUUUGGAAAUCCUCUUGAGUUUCUUCCUGAAAUUUUACCCCUCCACAAACUUCGCCACCUUUCUCUUGCAAAUAUUAGGAUCGAGGCGGAUGAAUAUUUAAGAUCAGUGAAUGUGCAAAUAGAGAUGGAAAACAGUUCCUAUUUUAUUGCAUCUAGGCAUAAGCUGAGUGCCUUCUUCUCUCUCAUAUUCCGAUUUUCUUCUUGUCAUCACCCUUUGCUAGCCUCUGCACUUGCAAAGAUAAUGCAAGAUGAAGGAAAUAGAGUGUUUGUUGGUAAAGAUGAGAAUGCAGUGCGGCAGCUUAUUAGCAUGAUCAGUAGUGACAACCGUCAUGUGGUUGAGCAAGCUUGCUCUGCUCUUUCUGCUCUUGCCUCAGAUAUUCCUGUUGCACUGCAACUUAUAAAAGCUGAUGUUAUGCAACCUAUAGAAUCAGUUCUCAAAUCUAUGGGUCGGGAAGAGGUGAUGUCUGUAUUGCAACUUGUGGUGAAGCUGGCAUUUAUAUCCGAUACUGUGGCUGAGAAGAUGUUGACCAAAGAUGUAUUGAGGUCAUUAAAAUGUUUAUGUGCCCGAAAAGAUCCAGAGGUACAAAGGCUUGCUUUGUUGGCUAUUGGGAAUUUGGCCUUCUGUUUGGAGAAUCGGCGUAUUCUCGUUACUUCUGAAAGCUUGCGAGAGCUUCUCCUGCGUCUGACAGUUGGUACUGAUCCUCGUGUGAGUAAAGCUGCAGCUCGUGCUUUGGCAAUUCUUGGAGAAAAUGAAAACCUUCGGCGCGCAAUAAGAGGGAGGCAGGUGGCAAAGCAAGGACUUCGCAUACUAUCAAUGGAUGGGGGUGGAAUGAAAGGUUUAGCAACUGUGCAAAUUCUGAAGGAAAUUGAAAAGGGAACUGGAAAGCGAAUACAUGAGCUGUUUGAUUUAAUAUGUGGCACAUCAACUGGUGGGAUGCUAGCUGUUGCUCUUGGGAUCAAACUAAUGACUUUGGAAGAAUGCGAAGAUAUAUACAAAAAUCUUGGCAAGCUUGUCUUUGCUGAACCUAUGCCCAAGGAUAAUGAAGCUGCAACUUGGAGAGAGAAGUUAGAUCUACUUUAUAAGACUUCAUCUCAGAGUUUUAGAGUUGUUGUGCACGGAUCAAAAGGGAACUCUUUCUUCUGGAUUGCUGCAUUUUUGCAAAGUCUAUUAGUAUUGCAGCUUUUAGCAUUUCCUACAUUUCUCAGAAGCUUGUGGUUGGAAUUCUGA